AUGGCAUACUACGAAAACUCGCAGUGGCCCGCUGGUGGCCAAUCGGGAUGGGAUCACCAGACGCCCCCGGUCCGCUCAGGUGCCAGCUCUACAGUUCCACGAGAAGAGGCUCCUGCCUUCGUUUCCCAAUAUGAGGAAGUCGAAAAGGCGAUCGAUAACCUUGUUAAGAGUGGAAAGAUGUUUAACAUGACCGGCCGACGUGAGUCGCUUCCAGCUCAUGCUCCUCAAUUCCCCCCGGGUCCUUCCAGAAAGCCGCGUUUAGACUAUGGUGACAACCGCAUUCCCUCGGGUCCAGGCUCACGCCCUCACUCGGUCGGCGGCUUCCACGAUGAUCGCUCCGGCCCUCAUCAGGGCUCCAACCUGUCAAACUUUUACGCCAGCCAACGACAACAGCCCUCGCGUGGUACGAACGAAGCGGAGCAGAUGAUGCAGGCCAAGCGGAGGAUGGCGGCUCAACGGGAACGAGAACUGCGCAACUACCACCAGGAGCAGCAGUAUAACCGAACCUCUAUCUCGGACGUCAGACCCGAUCGUACUCUGAGCCCCGGCAGCAACAUGUCCGAAGAUGAGCGCCGGGAGCUGAUCGCCCGUCAACGCAGCGCUUUGUAUGGUGAGGGUCAGUUCGCAGACGGUGGUAGCUACGUGGACGAGACUGGAGCAGUACGCCCAGGCUUGCCUGGCCAGCCCCAGCAUACAUCCCAGGCUAUCGCGCCGCCUCCCAUGGGUGGCGUAGGGCUGCGCGGUCAUUCUCCGCUUGCUUAUGAGUAUGGUCGAACCCCGCCCGUCAAUGCUGAGGCUCAGCCUGGCGCCCUCGAAGGCUCGCAGGCCGCCAACAUUGCCGCCAACGACCGCUCGCGCGCCAAUUCGAACGCCAGCCCGCAGUCCAACUCUGGCCUUCCUCUGCCGCAGCAGCCGGCCGUCAACCGGACCAGCAACUCUUCGCCCGCUGGCUCACCGGGCAGCAACAAACCCGCAACGUCGGUUGCGCCUAUUGGUACCCGUCCCUCGACCACGGCGGCUGGAUCAACGCCUCCGGUGAACCCGGCUCUCACCAAGCAGCGGUCUACAACGCCGGCCCCCUCCCCGCUGAGCCAGGGUUACACUGCCUCAGGCAAUGGGGACGAAAAGGCAACGCCGACCACGACCGCGCCUGGCUCACAGGCGACAGGCGCUCCUGACGUCUCGGGCUGGGGUGCCCGCUCUGGCGUCUGGGGUAGCAAGUCUGGUCUUGGCUCCGUCCAGGCCAGUGUCUGGGGUUAA